AACGAUUAGAUUAAAAAAAAUAGGUAUUUUUACACAGGCAACUAUCACGGCUACUACUCGAUGCAGGAAACUCAGUAGAUCCCCAGAAACGCCUCCUUCGUUUUGUGCUAGACUUUUGUGACACUGGCGAGAAGUCUCGUAUUAAUUUGCUGAUCGCUACGGAUAUUUACUUACAGAAUGGAUAAAACUGUCAGUCUACCACAACAACCCAACAAAACCACCACGGUAACGUUGGUGGAGACCAGCAGUAACCCGAGUGGAAUGGCACUGGUGAGUCCCUACCAGACUAACCGGGUUGGGGAUCCUAUGGAUCUAGUUGCUCUGGCACAGCAAGUACAGAAGGGAGAUGAAUUCAUCAGAGCCAAUGCUUGCAACAAACUUACAUUGAUUACUGACCAGAUAAGAUACCUUCAGGAGCAAGCAAGAAAGGUUUUAGAAGAUGCCAAGAAAGAUGCUGAGCUUCACCAUGCUGCCUGCAAUGUUGUGAAGAAACCAGGAAACAUGUAUUAUCUUUACAUGCGUGAAUCCAGACAGCGGUACUUCUCGAUUCUGUCUCCACAGGAAUGGGGUCCUAGUUGUCCUCACAAGUUCCUUGGCGGAUACAAACUCCAACAUGAUAUGUCUUGGACACCACAAGAGGAAGUUGAAAAGCGGGAUGCUGAAAUUGGCAUCAUGGACAAACUGUUGAACAGACAAACUGCUCUACCAGCCUGUACAGAGCCUAACUUUGAAGGUCUUUCACAGUGAAAGGUCACAGCUCACUCACAGACUGUCUUAUCUGCUCAUGGAGGCCACAUUGUCUUAAAAG